CUUCCGCUCAGCUGAGAGCUGAGUUCAGGAACGGAUCUCUCCUCCUUGCGCAAGUUUGAAAUGAGUUGUGUGUUUGUUCUCUGAGUUAUUAAAAUGAUCUGAACCUAUCAUGACUUUCAUAGCUGUGAGGAAUUAACAGAUUGUCUUUAUCAAAACUUUCCAAAGUUGAGGACUGCAGGUGGCUAUGAGUUGCUCAAAAGCUCUGGUAACACAAGGAGCCGCCAGCUCUCUGUUAUACAGUGCCCAAAUGAAGGGUACAGUGUGCAAUAUCUGAAGGAACCAAGCACUAUGAUUCACCACUCUAUAAUUUACAUCCGCCCUCUACAGUGCCAUCUCAGCUUGGAGCCGGAAGAAACUGAGGGACCUUCUAACACAUACAUUGGACCACUGACGCCAUGUCUUCUUUGUGGAGAGGAAUUUCCGUUUUCACAGAUAAGGCAACACAAUCAGUCUUGUUCAAGACGAUCACAGGAUGGCAGGGAAAGACAGACUGAAGGUGAGAAUGGAGAGGAAUCUGUCCCUUCCACCAGUGGGGCAAGUCGCAGCUCUUCACGGCAACAAGUUGCAGAUAUAGUGGUGACACUGGAGACAGGUUCAGAUCAGGCUGGUCCUUCAACUGCUCUAAGCACACAGCAGCCUAAUCCUCCAGAUAUUCAGAGGGACCUCGGAAAUGCUUGGAUUACAGAAGUAGUUCCAGCCAAAGCGUCUGAGCUGUACAUUGAGUCAGUACAUGAAGCAAACAAGGAUAAAGAGAGUCUUUCAUUUACCCUGAGUUUAAGAGAUACCCUGAAGGAAAGGAACCGUGCCAUUCUGAGAUUCUACAAAAGGCCACGGGUGCAGUGGACUAACCCACUGCGAUGUCAUCUCAUAGGUGAUGCUGCCAUUGGAGAGGGUGUUAAUAGACAUGUACUUUCAAUAGUCAUGUCAAACCUUCAGAAUGGAUUCUUGCUUGAUGACGAAACUGAACUGAAGACAUUGCUGUUUGAGGGUGAGCAGGACCAUCUCACUCCCUCUACAUCGAGGCUGCUCCUAGAAAGCGACUUUUUCGUGUGGCGGGUCGAAUUAUCGGCCACAGCUUUCUGAAUGGUGGUCCUUGUCUGGUUGGUCUCAGCCAAGGAAUCAUCCAUGUGCUGUUUGGAGGGGAACCAGAAACAGCCACUGUAACUGAGUCAGAUUGUGCUGACCAAGAUGUCCGUGAGGUCAUAAGAAUGUUACAGGGAACAAAGGAUUUGUCAGAGGAGGAGAAAUCCGUGGUUCUCUCUUUGACGUUGCCAUGGGAUCUUCCUGGAGUUACAGUCAAUAACAGACAUUGGCUCCAAGAAAAAAUACUCCUCCAUGCUGUUUUGGAAAGAACAGCACAACAGGUGAAACAAAUCCGAAGAGGGCUGAAAGACACAGGUGUGUGGGAAUUUUUCAGUUCCAGGCCUGAUGCUGUGCCAGUACUUUUUCCAAGGGCCAGUGAGGCAGAGAUAACCCCACAGAUGGUAAUCGAUAACAUAAACUGGCCUAAAGAUGAAGAUAUAGAUGAAGACAUACUCUCGUUGGAUGAUCACUGUCUGAUCAUGAGCUUCCUCCGAAGAUUCAUAGAAAAUGGAACAUCAGACAUCCUCAAGAGUUUACUAACAUUCUGGACUGGCUGGGGUGUGCUAUGCUCCAAUCUCGAGGUCGAAGUUAUUGACUGCAGUCUCCCACAGUCGUCCACUUGCUUCCUGACUUUGAAGCGAUCCAAAAACCACAAAAACUAUGAAGACUUCCACCAAGACCUUAUGGCAAGCAUUUCUGCGGCCUAUUCUGGUUUUGGUCAGAUUUAAGCUGGGCCAUUUAAACAACGAAUGUUGUUGGUUAUUGGUAUUAUUACUUUUAAAUUGUUCUUAUGGUUCAGUCUCUUGAUAGAUAUGGAUAUUCUGGAAUAAUCCACUUGUUAAUUAUGUAUUAGAAUUUGACAGUACUCAGCGUUGUUGUUGUUCUGAUCAACUAUAAAAACAGUUCCAUAUUAUUGUAGGACGUUUUCUGAAAACAUUUGCUUAAAAAAAGAGAUUAGACCAACAAAGUCAUGAAUAGACAUAGCUUAAUUACAAACGGUUAAAUCUGAUAUUAUCAACGAAUUCUUAAUGAAAGCUGAAAUGGUUUCAUAACAGUGAUUUUAUUACAUAUAUACAUAUCUGUGCAAAACAGGUCAAUGUUCACGUUUGGAUACAAGAUGCCUAACCUGAUAUAUUG